AUGGCGACCGUUGAUGACUCUCCACAUUCCUCGCAACACCACCACCAUCGCGUAUCGCCGUCCUUCACCGACUCCGCAAUCGAUGUGAAAGAGGAACUGUCCGAAUGUACGUCAACCUCUCAUGAUAAUGACCCUGCUUCUCCCCUCCCCGAUCGCAUCUCUCGCAUUGCGCAACUAGCUGCCGCGCAGGAUCCGUCUCGGCAGCUGAACGUAGACGAACGCGCGGCUGUGGAUAGACAUUUGGAGGGUUUGGAGAGGUUGUUACUGUUGUCGUCAGCUUCGUCCGACCCGCGACCGCAGAUCAGUCAUGAAAUCGCCAAGAUUAGGCCUGUGAGGAGGACGUCGAUUAGUCCGACUGGAACUAUUACUCCCCCGAUCCGCCGGCGCAACGAUAACGAGAGCCAUGAGGAUGGUAAUGUCCCGGCACCUCGUACCAUCCAGCAGACAUCGUGCGAUCUGUCAAUGCUUCUGGAGGAAAUUUCAAUUGCGAAUUCAGAGCUACAGCAACGGCGCAUUGAGUCCCGUCAUAUCCAUGAUCUGUUCACCAUCAAAUGCGAGGGGAUGGCGCAAAGGAUUAUAGAGCUCGAGAACGAGAUUCAUGAACUUCGGUCGGAUAUCCUCGAAGAUACUAUUAAUCUAGAAGGCCUACGGGGAACAGUACGCGGUUUGGAGAGUUGGAUAGGGCGAUGGCAGCGUCAACGCGAGGUGUCAAUACCACCUCCAUCGACGUCUUCCACUCAACGAGGAAGUAAAUGGAAACGGAAAGGCAAGCAGCAGCAACUCAAUAGGAAUGCUCACGAUAUCGACGAUGGAGAUGAUGAUAACGAUUUUGAUACGCUUCUAGACGGCAUCUCGGCGUGGAUGCGCGGGUGGAAUGAUGUGGAAGAUGGGUUUCGCAUACGAGCUCGAAGACGGAAGAUACGACGAGAGCGGCAGAUUCAGUCCAUUACUAGUCAAAGAUGA